CUGGGUGGGGGGACGAAAAAUGGCACUAAGUACUUACCAUACUUGCCAUAAAAAUAUAGGACCUUAACCUUAACAAGUAGCCUAAGUAAUCUAAGAAACUUCCAUCGGCCAAGGUCGCCAGUCUAUUACCGACGAUAUUAUCCGUUUUACCUUCUUUUCUUCUGAUAGAAAAUUCCGUGAAUAACAAGAGUCGUAUCAACGUUCUGUCGAGUCGUUAACUACAAACGGCCAUCAUUGCAUUUUCAUAACUUAGUCUGGAAGCUUAGUCUUUUGAGUUGUAUCGGAUGCAUCGGGUCAUUUCUCCAACGCGCAUGCAUACAUUUGAAAAAUAAUGCCUAAAGUACGAGAAGUCGAAUCUCUGGUCCAACUUUGUACGGACUGCAUUCAAAAAUCGAUUGAGAAUAUUAAAUUUCCAUCUGAUGUUUCAGCAACUAAGAGAGAGGGCAAUAGGCCUACGUUCAGAAUGAGCCAUCCGAUCUAUGAACUAAUUAAAUCUAUUUUUAAACUCUCUGUAAGCUGCAUUAAAAUAACGAUUGAAUGUAGAAAAUGUGUGCCAGACCUAUCGACAACUAUAAGAGAGAGCAAUGCGAUCAAUGUCAAUUCUGAAAUGGUUAGCGAUCCAUUUCAUAAAUUACUCGAAUCUAUUUUGAAACUCUGUUCAUGCUACAUUAAAAAAACGAUUGAGAAUAAGAAAUUUGCAUUCGACUUAUCCGCAGCAACCAAGAAAAAGGACGAUACAAUCAUUCUCAGUUCAGAAUUAUCAAAAAAUCCAUUUCCUAAAUUACCCGUUCCUCUAUUGGAAAAGCUCGUUGGGUCUCUUACCAGCGGUAGAAAAUUAACACAUGAAAAUAUUCUAGAACAAAUAAUCACCUCACAACUUCAACAUUUGUCAUUUUCUCAAUACUCUGAGAGUUACUUAUUGAAUUUAUUUCCUAAGUUGGAAAAUUUGCUAGUUCUCAACCUUGAAGACGGCGAAAUAGGAAACGACUGUUUAAAAAGCAUUGGGACUUACUGUUCCAAAUUAAGGUGGUGGUUGAAUGUCACGAGAUGCGUUAAGGUGACAGACUCUGGAAUUCAAUGGCUCUGUGGCGAGGCUGAUUAUCCAGAGAUAGGAAAUGAAAAAUCGGGACUCUGUGAGACUCUGAAAAGACUGGAUCUUAUUUGCACUAGUGUUACACAGCGGGGAAUCCAAAUGGCUCUCACGCAUUUACUGUCUUUAGAAAUAAUUAAUCAUUAUGAUACCUUAGAAGCCUUGGUAAAAUUGGCUCAGUCAGCGGUAGUUUCAAAGCGUGUUGAUUGUUGCUACGACAAGUUUUCCGCAUCUGUUCUACACACUUCUCCUAAUAAGCCUUAUUUACAUGGUAGCCUUCAAGUAGCACUCUCUAUGUGCAAUUCACUCACUCGUAUCACAAUCUACGCAACCAAGGGAUUAAAAGACAGUGACCUUUUGUGCUUAAUUGAUAUUAAGGUGCUCCGCGGAUUAAAAAUCUUAAGGUCUGAUUCAAACGCACUCAAUGAAAUUACUUUUGACGGUGGCGUAUGUCCACUUCUCAAGGGGCAUGCUUCAGAACGAAUUAAACCUUCUUCAAAUGGAAAAGAAUCCGACCAUUUUUAA